AUGGCGGACACAGACCUUUUCAUGGAGUGUGAGGAGGAGGAGCUGGAGCCAUGGCAGAAGAUCAGUGAUGUCAUCGAAGACUCUGUGGUGGAGGAUUAUAAUUCUGUGGAUAAAACUGCUACAGCUGGGAAUCCCCUGGUACAGCAAGGUGGGCAGUCCUUAAUCCUCACCCAGAACCCUCCCUCAGGGCUGGGCACGGUGGUCACUCAGCCUGUGCUGCGGCCAGUGCAGAUCAUGCAGAAUGCCAACCACGUCACCAGCUCCCCAGUGACCAAUCAGCCCAUCUUCAUCACCACCCAGGGAUUUCCUGUGAGGAACGUGAGGCCCGUACAGAACACAAUGAACCAGGUUGGGAUUGUUCUGAAUGUUCAGCAAGGACAGACAGUGAGACCCAUCACCCUCGUCCCAGCCCCAGGUACCCAGUUUGUGAAACCAGCAGUUGGUGUUCCUCAGGUGUUCUCCCAGGUGGCCCAGGUGAGACCAGGUGCCACCAUGCCGGUGCGACCCACCACCAACACUUUCACCACGGUCAUUCCAGCCACGCUAACCAUCCGGAGCACAGUUCCACAGUCCCAGGCACCACAGCAAAGUAAGUCCUCUCCCAGCACCUCUACAACUCCUACUGCAGCGCAGCCAACACCUGUGGGACACUUCCCUGUGGGCCAGGCACAGCCAGGGCAAUCCAGUCAAGCUCCUAAUCCCAAAUUAGUGAGCAUUGCCAGUUUUGUGACUGUGAAGAGACCUGGAGUGACAGGGGAGAACAGCAAUGAGGUUGCUAAGCUAGUGAACACCCUGAACACAGUUCCCUCGUUGGGGCAGACCCCAGGCCCCCUGGGGGUGUCCAACAGCAGCCCUGUCCAUGCUUCCCAGAGGUCCAGCGUGUCAGAGUCGUCAUCCUCAUCCUCAUCCUUGAAAGUCAGUUCCUCUCCUGUUCCCACCUUUGACCUGCAAGACGGUGGCAGGAAGGUUUGCCCAAGGUGUGAUGCUCAGUUUCGAGUCACUGAAGCUCUCAGAGGACACAUGUGUUAUUGCUGCCCCGAAAUGGUUGAAUUCCUCAAGAAAAGGAAAUCCCUGGAAUCCGAACCAAAUCUCCAGUCUGCCAAACCUCCCUCCCCAGAGAAAACCACAGCUGUUGCCUCCCCACCCUCCUGCACCCCCAUCCCUGCCCUGUCCCCGCCGGCCAAAGCUCCAGAGCCAGGUGAAGGUGGAGCUGACUCGGCCCAAAGUAAGCUCAUCAUGUUGGUAGAUGAUUUCUACUAUGGCAGAGACGGUGGCAAGGUGAGCCAGCUCCUCAGCUUCCCCAAGGUUCCCACUUCCUUCAGGUGUCCACACUGCACCAAGAGGCUAAAGAACAAUAUACGGUUCAUGAACCACAUGAAGCACCACGUGGAGCUGGACCAGCAGAAUGGUGAGGUGGAUGUGCACACCAUCUGCCAGCACUGCUACAGGCAGUUCUCCACCCCCUUCCAGCUCCAGUGCCACCUGGAGAAUGUCCACAGUCCCUAUGAGUCAACAACCAAGUGCAAGAUCUGUGAGUGGGCGUUCGAGAGCGAGCCCAUGUUCCUGCAGCACAUGAAGGACACCCACAAGCCUGGGGAGAUGCCCUAUGUGUGUCAGGUCUGUCAGUACCGCUCGUCCCUCUAUUCCGAAGUGGACAGCCAUUUCCGGAUGAUCCACGAGGACACACGGCACUUGCUCUGUCCUUACUGCCUCAAGGUCUUUAAGAAUGGAAAUGCUUUCCAGCAGCACUUCAUGAGGCACCAGAAGAAGAGUGUUUAUCACUGCAACAAGUGCAGACUCCAGUUCCUCUUUGCCAAGGACAAAAUCGAACACAAGCUGCAGCACCACAAAACUUUCCGGAAGCCCAAACAGUUAGAAGGAUUAAAACCUGGAACCAAGGUGACAAUCAGAGCAUCCAGAGGACAACCACGGCCAGUGCCAAUCUCCUCAAACGACAUGUCGCACAGCAUGGGACAGGACUCCACUCAGCUGUCAUCCUCCUCAGACCCUCAGCCCAUCUUCCUGUACCCUCCUGUCCAGAGGAACGUCCAGAAGAGAGCGGUCAAAAAAAUGAGUGUCCUGGGCAGACAGACCUGCCUGGAGUGCAGCUUCGAGAUCCCUGACUUCCCAAACCACUUCCCCACCUACGUGCAUUGCUCCUUGUGUCGCUACAGCACCUGCUGCUCCCGCGCCUACGCCAACCACAUGAUCAACAACCACGUCCCUCGGAAGAGUCCGAAGUACUUGGCUUUGUUUAAGAACUACACUGCCUGUGGUGUAAAGCUGUCUUGUUCCUCCUGUCUCUUCGUGACGUCCGAGGGCGAUGCCAUGGCCAAACAUUUGGUCUUCAACCCAUCCCACGAGUUCAGUAACAUCAUUUUUCGAGGGCCUACUUGGAUAUCACAUUCCAGGCACAUCCAACCCCAGGACAAAAGCCUGAAGAACACCUGCCCUGCCUAUUCCCCAAGUAAAGCUGCUACUGUGAAAACCAAGUCCGUGGAACCUCCCACAGGUGACCUGGAGCCCGAGCUGGCGCCAACAGCCCAUGACAGGCCCCUGCCAGGCCAGGAGGAGGAGGAGGAGGAGGAGGAAGGCUUAAACCCUGAUGCUCGAGAAGAUGAGCAGCCCACGAAGGAGCCAGAACCUGCCAGCAAAAAGGAGCAACUCUCGGUUAAAAAGCUGCGAGUUGUCCUCUUUGCUCUGUGCUCCAACACUGACCAGGCAGCAGAACACUUCAGGAACCCUCCGCGGCGCAUCAGGCGCUGGCUGAGGCGCUUCCAGGCCUUCCAGGAGGAGAACUUGGCAUCCCUGUCCGAAGGGAAGUACCUCAGCUUGGAGGCUGAGGAGAAGCUGGCGGAGUGGGUCCUGAUGCAGCGAGAGCAGCAGCUCCCUGUCAACGAGGAGACUCUCUUUCAGAAGGCCACCAAGAUUGGGAGGUCCCUGGAAGGAGGCUUCAAGAUCUCUUACGAGUGGGCAGUGAGGUUCAUGCUGAGGCACCACCUCAGCACCCACACGCGCAGGGCGGUGGCUCAUCCCCUCCCCAAAGACGUGGAGGACAACGCUGGUUGCUUCAUCGAGUUCGUCCAGCGCCAGAUCCACACUCAAGACCUUCCUCUGUCCAUGAUCGCAGCCAUUGAUGAGAUCUCCCUGUUCCUGGACGUGGAAGUGCUGAGCAGUGAUGACAGGAAGGAGAAUGCCCUGCAGAUGGUAGGCAAUGGCGAGCCCUGGUGCGACGUUGUCCUGACCAUCCUUGCCGACGGCAGCGUCCUCCCGACGCUGGUCUUCUACAGAGGACGUGUCCAGCAGCCUGCCAACGUGCCAGAAUCCAUCCUGCUGGAGGCAAAGGAGAAUGGAUACAGCGAUGAUGAAGUGAUGGAGCUGUGGGCAUCGCGUGUGUGGAGGAAGCACACGGCGUGCCAGAACAGCAAGGGUAUGUUGGUGCUGGACUGCCACCGAACGCAUCUCUCCGAGGAGGUACUGUCCGUGCUGAGUGCUUCCAGCACUCUCCCAGCCAUUGUCCCAGCUGGCUGCAGCUCCAAAAUCCAGCCCUUAGAUGUUUGUAUAAAGAGAACUGUGAAAAACUUUUUGCAUAAAAAGUGGAAAGAACAAGCCAAGGAGAUGGCAGACUCCACCUGCGACUCGGACAUCCUUCUCCAGCUGGUUCUGUGCUGGCUGGGAGAGGUCCUGGAGGUCAUUAGUGACUCUCCAGAACUGGUCCAGCAAUCCUUCCUGGUGGCCAGCGUGCUGCCAGGGCCAGAUGGCACGGCCAACUCGCCCACGCGCAACGGUGACAUGCAGGAGGAGCUGAUCACCUCCCUGGAGGAGCAGCUGAAGCUCACUGAGGAGCGCCAUGAGGCGACGGCGGCGGCGGCGGCUGCAGAGCUCCAGGAUCGGAGCCAGCCCGAGGAAUCUGCAGAUCCAGAGAUCCUCCAUCAGCUCUUCGAAGGAGAAAGCGAGACUGAAUCAUUCUAUGGCUUUGAAGAUGCUGAUUUGGAGCUGAUGGAGAUGUGA